AUGUCUUCAAAUCCAGGCCAAUUAUCCUCGCUCCGCGGUAUUACCCGCUACAUUACAGGGCACAACAGCUCCGGAAAUGCCAUCGUGCAAAUCGAAAACGCGGCGGAAUGGAAAGCAUACGAGGGCCAGACUAUGGCUUUUACUGUAGCCUACACCACCUCCGAGUUUCCCGCUAACUUGAACAACGACGCUGAUCUCGCUAAAUACGAAGAAGUCAAAGCUUCCGGGAACCUGGGCCUAGUUAACCCCAAUGGUACUGUCUGCCGGUUUGUCGACUUUGCUCCAGACACUCCACCUGUCAUGCACCGGACACAAAGUUUGGAUUAUGGAAUCGUGCUUGAGGGAGAGAUCGAAAUGAUUCUUGACUCAGGUGAGAAGAGGCUUCUGAAGAAGGGGGAUAUAGCUAUACAGAGAGCGACUAUGCAUGCCUGGCAUAACCCGAGCCAAACUGAGUGGACGCGCAUGGUGUUCAUUCUGCAGCAGUGUAAGCCGCUAGUCAUUGGAGGGACAGAGCUCGGUGAGGAUAUCACCCAAGCUUCGGACAUCAAGCCUAGUCAGCAUUAGUUGCAAAAUGGUGCAAUUAAUGCCUUUGGUUUUUCAAGAGCUGCAUUAUAUGCACCUGGCAAGGGUUGGUGUUAUGUAUAUCCUAGCUAGACUGUGAUACUCCAGCAAAUAGAUGAGAUAUAUAACGGUGAUGAAAGUAUGCC